AUAACAUGAAUAGAGAAACUCUCUCCAAGCAGAUUUCAUGUUUACUUAACAUUGCUUAUGUGCCUAAAUUGGAAGAUUACUUGAUACAUCCACAAAUAAAUAUAAUUACUAAACACAAGCUGUGGGCCUUGAAUGCAAUCAAUGCAAGUAUUAGAGAACCCAAACUUUCCCAAUGGGAUUAUUUAGGCAAAAACGAUGUGGAAGUAUUUUUGAAAUUAAGUGAAUACAAAGCAAUUCAAAAAUUUAUUGGCUGCACACUAAAGCAAAAUGUCAAAGGUAAUGCUAAAACUGUUUUCGUAGAGCUGAUGGUCAGUGUUCACAAAUUUUGUAAUGAUCACAACUUUGAUGUUGAAAAAUCCGGAGCCACCCUAUCUCAGUUUUAUUUGAGCCACUUGUAUUUUACCAGUUCAUUCAAUAUGCCACCGGAGACAGUUUACAUAUUUUUUAAGGAGCACACAAUGUGUCACACUUUGCCAUUCCCUCCAAAUAGUAACAUUUUCAGUUUAAAAGAUGCAAAGGAUCUGAUGGAAUUUUUCUACCAAAGUUAUAUUCGAAAUUUACCUUUAAUCAGAUAUUUGUGUCUACCAAAUUUCACUUUAUGUUUCAACUUUUGUACAUUGAAGGCAAGUACCACAGAAGAAAAGUCAUGA